AACGACUAUCAACCAUUCAACGCCUCACCCAUCACGCGUCGACUCCCUCGCUACUACACCACCCGCCCGACCUGCGCACCACCCGAGCAGGCAUCAUGUCGUCAAAUGAGCUCGCGCCGAGCUUCGCGCCCUUCUUUGGCAUGAGCGGCAUCGCGUUUGCUAUGAUCUUUGGAUGCGCUGGAGCUGCCUAUGGUACAGCCAAAGCAGGUAUCGGCAUUGCUGGUAUCGGAACAUACAGGCCAGACCUGAUUAUGAAGUCGCUCAUCCCCAUCGUCAUGUCCGGUAUCUUGGCUGUCUACGCGCUCGUCAUAUCCGUUCUCAUUGCUAGCGACAUCAAGCCUCCGCCGGACAACACAUACUCACUGUAUGCUGGAUUCAUGCACAUGGCUGCCGGUCUGUCAGUCGGGUUAUCUGGCCUGGCUGCAGGUUACGCGAUUGGAAUCGUGGGAGACGCCGGUGUACGCUCUUUCAUGCGCCAGUCGAGGAUUUUCGUCGGCAUGGUCCUCAUCCUCAUUUUCGCCGAAGUUCUGGGUCUUUACGGACUCAUUGUCGCCCUCAUCCUCAACACCCGAGCAAGUGGCUGAGCUGCAAAUCACGCACGACUUGUCUCUUCUAAACGUCUACACUUAACUCCUACGUUAUAGACGAACUCGGUCAUGGGCAUUUGUACGACUACAUGGUGUAGAUAUAGUUGACGAGCAUGCAAUACUUGGAGUUACAGUUUUUGGAGUUUGGGCAUAUCUAGUACAGUCGAAUAGCAAGUUAUAUCCUCGUAUGGCAGUUCGCAUCGAAAUGAGAUUGACGGGCAGAAUGGCAGAAUGCCGGGGGAUAGCGUGCAAUCACGUCUGGUGCGGCCGGAUACGGGAAGUCUGUUUAAGCAAUAGCUAACAGGAACCUAAAAGGCACUAUGUUUGCUCACAUCGGAAAGUUAAGAACACAUCAGGUUCGUACUCGACAAGUGGAGCUG